CUCACUCUUCACUAUCCUUCCUCAACUGUGUCUCUCCCUCAAAUCUUAAACUUUCAAUAAAACCAAAAAUCCUGUCAAUCUUGUAAAUCUAAAACUUUGUCUUCGUAAAGAUGGCGGAAACUUCUAGUACAAAGCUGAUCGUUGAAGUCUGCAACGCCAAGAAUUUGAUGCCAAAAGACGGUCAAGGGACUGCUAGUGCGUACGCGAUUGUGGACUUCGAUGGGCAGAGAAGAAGAACGAAGACUAAGUUCAGAGAUCUGAAUCCACAGUGGGAUGAGAGACUUGAGUUUCUUGUCCAUGAUACAGACUCUAUGGCUGCAGAAAUGUUGGAGAUAAAUCUCUAUAACGAUAAGAAGACUGGCAAAAGAAGUACGUUUCUUGGAAAAGUAAAGAUUCCUGGUUCUUCUUUUGUAAAAACUGGAUCGGAGACUCUUGUUUACUAUCCAUUGGAAAAGCGAAGUGUGUUUUCCCAGAUCAAGGGAGAGAUCGGGCUUAAAGUUUUCUACAUAGAUGAAGAUCCUCCGGCGGCGGAUGCAUCUGCAGAGGCCGCGGCACAGAAAUCGGCUGAAGAGAAGCCGCCGGAGGAGAAAAAAGAAGAAAAAGCUGAGGAUAAAAAGGAAGAGAAAUCUGAGGAGAAGAAAGAUGACGAGAAACCUAAAGAGGAAGAAAAAACUAAAGAUGAUAAGCGGCCGGAGGAGACUCCUAAACCAGCAGAGGCACCUCCUCCACCGGUGGAAGUAGAGAAUCCGCCGUUGGCUCAUGCUGAUAAACCGAGCUACACCAAAGCUAAGACGACGGUAGAUAUGGUAUCAAAAACACAGGAUCUUCACCUCAAUGACCAUGAACUUCGCUCAUUGGCCAGCGAUCGGAGCCGCAGCGCUUACGAUCUCGUUGAUCGCAUGCCCUUUUUAUACGUCCGUGUUGUGAAGGCUAAAAGAGCUAGUGCCGAAUCCAACGGUCCGUCAUACGCUAAGCUCGUGAUCGGCACUCACAGUAUCAAAACCAAGAGCCAGAGUGAUAAAGAUUGGGACCAAGUUUUUGCUUUUGAUAAAGAAGGUUUAAAUUCCAGUUCAUUGGAGGUUUCAGUCUGGACGGAAGAGAAGAAAGAAAACGAAGAGUGUGUUGAGAAUUGCUUGGGAACAGUAUCUUUUGAUCUGCAAGAGGUGCCAAAGAGAGUCCCGCCAGACAGUCCCCUGGCUCCCCAAUGGUAUAGCUUAGAAUCAGAAAAUUCGCGUGGAAAUGACGUCAUGCUAGCCGUCUGGAUCGGAACUCAGGCUGACGAAGCCUUCCAGGAGGCUUGGCAGGCGGAUUCCGGCGGGUUGAUACCGGAGACCCGAGCUAAGGUGUACUUGUCUCCUAAACUUUGGUAUUUGAGACUAACGGUUAUCCAAACCCAGGAUUUGCAACUUGGUUCGGGAUCCGAGCCUAAGGUUAGGAGUCUUGAACUUUAUGUCAAAGGUCAACUCGGAGCUCAAGUUUUUAAAACGGCUCGGACCUCAGUUGGGCUGUCACCAUCCAGCUCAGCAAACCCGACUUGGAAUGAAGAUUUGGUUUUUGUAGCUGCUGAGCCGUUUGAGCCAUUUUUAGUGGUGACUUUGGAGGAUGUUACAAAUGGUCGUGCGGUGGGCCAUGCCAAAAUACAAAUGUCAAGUGUCGAACGGCGGAUUGAUGAUCGGGCAGAACCAAAAUCAAGAUGGUUCAAUUUGGUUGGUGACGAGAACAAACCAUACGCAGGAAGAAUACAUGUGAGAGUAUGUUUAGAAGGUGGCUACCACGUGUUAGAUGAAGCAGCUCAUGUGACCAGUGAUGUUCGAGCCGCUGCUAAACAAUUAGCAAAGUCUCCAAUCGGGUUACUUGAGGUAGGGAUUCGCGGAGCCACCAAUUUGCUUCCAGUCAAGACUAAGGAUGGUACCCGUGGCACCACUGAUGCUUAUGUGGUGGCUAAAUAUGGACCCAAGUGGGUCCGUACCCGUACGAUCCUUGAUCGGUUUAAUCCACGGUGGAAUGAGCAAUACACAUGGGAUGUAUAUGAUCCUUGUACUGUACUAACAAUUGGCAUGUUUGACAAUGGAAGGUACAAGCAUGAUGAAGCAGGGAAGCCAGGAAAGGAUAUUCGUGUUGGAAAAAUACGUGUACGGCUCUCAACACUUGAUACAAAUCGUGUGUACCUAAAUUCGUAUUCUCUCACUGUACUGUUACCUGGUGGGGCCAAGAAAAUGGGAGAGAUAGAGAUAGCCGUCAGAUUUUCUUGCCCAUCAUGGCUAAGUCUCAUCCAAGCAUACACUACCCCAAUGCUACCAAGACUGCACUAUCUUCGUCCGCUGAGUCCACCCCAACAAGACUUACUGCGCCACACAGCUAUGCGCAUAGUGACGGCUCGGCUAGCUAGGUCCGAGCCGCCAUUAGGACAAGAAGUUGUUCAGUAUAUGAUAGAUUCAGACACACACGUGUGGAGCAUGAGGAGAAGUAAAGCUAAUUGGUUCCGGGUAGUAGGCUGUUUGACACGUGCCGCAUCUUUGGCACGAUGGUUGGAUGGAAUCCGUUCGUGGGUGCACCCACCCACAACAAUUUUAGUGCACGUGCUACUUAUAGCAAUUGUGUUAUGUCCACAUCUAUUGCUGCCCACCGUAUUCAUGUACGCCUUUUUAAUGAUAGCAUUACGAUUCCGUUGUCGCCAACGUGGCCCACUCAACAUGGACCCGAGGCUCUCUUACGUAGACGUGGUGGGUCCCGAUGAGCUUGAUGAGGAAUUUGAUGGAUUCCCCACCACACGAUCACCAGAUGUGAUCCGUAUCCGAUACGAUCGGUUACGGGCCUUAGCGGGGCGGGCACAGACACUGUUAGGUGACGUGGCAGCCCUAGGAGAACGUUUGGAGGCGUUGUGUAACUGGAGGGAUCCAAGAGCCACAGGGAUGUUUGUUGCAUUUUGCUUGAUAGCUUCACUGAUGUCUUAUGUGGUGCCGUUUAAGGUGUUUGUGUUGGGAUGUGGCUUCUAUUACCUGCGCCACCCGAGGUUCCGAGACGACAUGCCGUCUGUGCCGAUGAAUUUUGUCCGGCGACUACCGUCGCUUUCCGAUCAAAUUCUGUAGAUUCACGGUUGCUCUGUGAAGUGCGCGUGGGUGGAUGUGUUAUUUAUUUGUCCUUUAAUUUUUUAGUCUGAAGUUACCGUUGUUGUGUGUGGGCCAACUUUAGUUCAUGCCUUUAACCGUGUGUUUCUCUGUUGGAAUGAAUUUUAAAUGUUGGGCAAGGUGACCGUUAAGAGGAGCGUAGAGAUUUUGCAUUUUCACAUUCCAAUGAAAAAGUAAAUUUUUUA